UUUGCAUUGUUUGUUCAUGUUAACAAGAUUAGUAAAUGUAGAAAUUAGCAUUAACAAAGAUUAAUAAAUGCUGUUUAAGUGCUGUUCACAAUUACUUCAUGCCAACUAAUACUAAUGGUAAUGCUAACCUUAUUGUAAAGUGUUACUGUGUAACUACAAAGCAUCUACAACAACUCCUUAUCAUACAAAUGAAAAUCUAUGAAGCGUGCUACAGCCUUUUGUUUUUGCUUAAGAAAACUCAAUUGGAUGACAUCAGGGAAAUUCUGAUCAUUUUUUCACCAAAUACUUCCUUGACCUAACUGUAACCAAUAGGAACUUGCCUGGGUACAGUGAGUUGCUAUUGCAGUGAGCUAGUCAUUCCAUUGUACCAUAAUUCUGCUCGUAUGCACAUGGCAUGAGAAGAAAUGACUGGUGAACAUGGGGAAUUCUUCGUGUAAACGCUGCUGCCGGUGUUGCCAAACGAAGAAAGAACAGCCGUCCAUCAUCCGUAACAGGGUCAAGUCAAUCCACGACUAUCCCUCACGCACAAUAUAUGAUCUAAAUCUGAAGAAAGGAGAUGUUCUGGAAGUGAUAUCGGAGACCGAUUACUGGUUGUUUGUGAGGAGACAAACAGCUAAGGCUGACGGAUCUAAACCUCAACUUGGAUAUGUGCCUAAAGACUUCGUCAAGCCGCUGGAUAGCGUGGAGGCAGAGUUAUGGUAUUUUGAGAAUGUUAAAAUGCGUAUAGAGGCCAGGAGAUGUCUGCUGAGACCCCAGAAUCAUGAAGGUGCAUUUCUCAUCUGGAAAUGUUGUGAGAAUAACAAUUACUACUUAUCAGUGAGGAAUGGACCUCAUGUACGACAUUACCGGAUCAAGCAGAGGGAAAACGAAAAGCAGUUUUUCCUUGUUCAUCAUACAACUUUCCAGACCUUGCGUGAGCUGGUAGAGUUUUACUCUAAAAAUGAAGGCGGACUCUGCACAAAGCUUCAUGAACCCUGUGUGAAGCUGGACCAGCCAGCUCCUCUUACUCUGUCAUUUGACUCCAAAUGGGAGGUAGAGAGAAGUUCACUAGAAAAAAUAAAGAAGCUCGGCAGUGGGGAGUUUGCCGAUGUGUGGCAGGGGCUCUGGAACAAGACAACAGAUGUGGCCAUCAAAGAGUUCAAAGUUGUCAAUUAUCCAUAUAUCAAAACAGAGAUUGACAUCAUGAAAGAGCUGCAUCAUGAGCGUUUGCUGAGACUCUAUGCUGUGUGUACCACUAGUAAACCUGUCUGUUUAGUGACAGAGCUCAUGAAAAAUGGCUCUUUAAAGACAAUGCUCAUCAGCCACAAAGAGAAAAAAGAUCUUGAGUUUUCGCUCAUGAUGGAUUUUGCUGUCCAGAUUACAGAAGGAAUGGCUUACAUUGAGAACAAAAUAGUUCACAGGGAUCUGAGAGCUGAUAACAUUCUGCUUACCGACAUGCAAUGCUGCAAAAUAGCCGAUUUUGGACUCGCACAAAUUAAUCUACCAGGAAACAGGAUUUCAUCAGAUGUUAGGAUCCCUGUAAAAUGGAUGGCCCCUGAGAUUUUCGAUGACCAAGAGUACACAAGCAAAAGUGACGUUUGGUCUUUCGGCAUCCUUUUAACGGAAAUUGUCACGUAUGGAGAUGAACCGUACCCUGGUCAAAACAAAAUGACAUGUGUUCGAGCCAUCAAGAGAGGAGAGCGUAUGCAGCGACCGCCUGACUGCCCCGAAGCGCUCUACGACAUUAUGCUGCUGUGCUGGAGGCCAAACCCUGAAGACAGGCCAACAUUUACGGAGCUGCAGGAGAAGCUGAUGGCUCUUAUACAUGAGCCUGUUACUGAACUGGAGUAGACUGUAGAUCCGAGAGAGUUGAGAAUCUUUUGAGCAUGUAGUAACUUAUGUAAACAACACGAGGUAAUCGCACAAUUUAUUUUUACUGAAAUGCAUUAUAAAGCAAUACAAUCAAAAUUUAAAUCAACAAAAAGACAGAACAAGACGUCUUGUAUUGAUUUGUAAAUACUCAUUAAGGUAAAUACUUAAUAUGCAUUAAGGUACGAGAGGCUGUGCUGUAUCGUGACUAUCGUAUAAUACGGAAUCGUUCCGUAUUUGUCACAUAAAAGUCUUGUUCCGUAUUGAACUGAUACGGAACGCACUUUGUUCCGUAUUUUUGAGAAUCAGUUCAGUGCAAAUCCAUGACGGACACCUCUUCUAAUAUAUCUCAGACAGACUAUGAAUGAAGACCUCACCAGUCGAGCCACUCCACUCGUGAUCGACUAGUUUUACCGCAAAUUAGUUAAAAUAUCAUCUAAUCUAGAGCGAUCUUGCCUGCGAGCUUGAGCUUCUAACGGCGCGGACGCAAAACCAGGACUGGAGUCAAAGCACAUUCCUCUCUGAACUCUAAGCGUUCUGUUAUCACUCCGAUUUUGUCCACUACGGGUUUUCCAGUCUCACUCACAGGAAAAACUGUUCCGCGU